AUGCACUGGUGCAGGUGCAUCUUCCUGGUCUUGGACGACCCGGACAAUUUUUUGAUGGGCAAAGUCAUCUCCGCCUUUGUGGUGGCCACGAUCCUGCUGAGCACUACGUCUUUCAUACUAGAGUCGAUGCAGUCCUUUGCGAAGCGCCCGGAUCUCUGCGAGGCUUUGCGCGCGGCCGGGGAGCCGCUGACGGUCGAAGCUUGCGAGCCGGCCAGCGGCCCAGCCUCUGCGGCUCUCGGCGCUGCAUGCAUACUUGUCUUCACUGUCGAAUACCUUGCUCGCUUGCUCACUUGUCAUGCGGAGCCUGUGCUGGGUGAGACUCCUACCCUCCGCGUGUUGCACUACGCACGGUCGAGGGCUGAGGCUCUCUCUACGAGUGCUUCGGCUGGCCCGGGCGGCAACCUCAGCUUACCGCCUGCGAUCCUUCGCGCAGCUACGUUGCAGCAAGUGGUCAUUCAUUUUCAGUUGUUCGACUUCAUGCACAUGGCGAGGCAUCGUUUGCUCAACCUUCUCUGCAAAGCCAUUUGGUCAGUCAGUCAACCGAGAAACCUCAGUGAAAUGUUCCACAGGCAUGAGGCUUUGCUUGGAAGCAAUGAUGAGAAGCGGGUUUCCUUUGGCGAUCCUUAUGCCUGGCUCUCAAGUCGUGACACCUGGCAGUUUUGUAAGGCACGCUCAUCCACAGUCAUGAUCAAUCUGUGGAACAGGUUCUUCAACGUGAUUGUCGGCAUCAUUUUCGCCUGCGUGUCCUGGCCGGCUGCGUUGUUGAGCUCCGAAUACAUCGCAGUCUGCGACGGGAAGCGAGCCGCUUCCGGAUUCCGUGGUGUCAAGGUCAUGUUCUUCGUGCCUGCUCAAUUGCGUAUUUUCCUUGCCACACCGCAUGGCCUUGGAAAGUCGCAGCAUUGUACUUCCAGUCUUGACGCUUGUCUGGCAAAUUUGCAUGUGUUCGAGGUGCCCGCGCCAUUUCCCACCGGGGUCUUCGUGCGCAUCGAUGCACAGGACCGCCCACAGCUUCACUGA